AUGUUUGGAAUCUUUGCGGACUUGUUGUCCUCAGUUAUCACGAUCCUCUUCCCAGUUUUCGCUUCUUACAAAGCUCUCCGUUCCUCCGACCCCUCACAACUCGCACCAUGGCUGAUGUACUGGGUGGUGCUUUCAAUCACUCUGCUCGCUGAGUCCUGGACAGUGUUUAUCAUCGGAUGGUUCCCAUUCUAUAGCUGGAUCCGCCUCGGUUUCAUGUCUUAUCUCGUCCUUCCCCAGACGCAAGGGGCUCGCUUACUGUACCAAGAAUAUGUGGACCCGUUCUUGACACACCAUGAGCGGGAGAUUGAAGAGAUGAUCGGCCGCACCCAUGAGCGGGCCAAGGCACUGGGUCUUCAAUACUUCUACCAAGCCAUCGAUUUGAUCCGCGAGAAAAUCUUGGGUCUCCCCCCGCAGCGCCCCACGACACCCCCGCAGCCAGGUGCCGCUUCCUACGCGCAGUCGUUACUUUCGCGAUUCAACAUCCCCGCUGCCGGAGCUGCCGGGUCAUCUGCCAACACAACUGAUUGGUAUUCCGUUCUGAGUGCCGCGGUGGGCUCAGUGACAUCUGGAAAGUCUCGAGAAGCGCGGGACGAGGAGCUUUCAGCCAGUGGCAAUCUCCUUCAGCGUCAGCUGCAGUCUAUGUCUGGAGCUGAGAAGGCUCAUUUUAUUUCUUCGCAGCGAGAGCUACUAGAUCAUCUCCGAUCCACCCUAGCACAAGAAGAGCGGAGCAUUCCUCGGGGUGGGCUCGAGGCUGACGACCUUACCUACGGAGUGCCGUUGCGCAAGAACCGCAGCGAGAACUCUUUCGAGGUGGUUGAUGAUGAGGAUCUAGGACGUCGCCCCGAACGAAAGUCUAGUAGUGGAUGGACAACCGGUUGGUUCAACAACGAGCAAAAUUCCUCGGCCUCGUCUGGUGCUGAAUUCACGGCGCGGGCUGUCGAUGAGAUUGCCCGGUCGCGCGCAACCGGGUACGACCGAUCUUGA